AUGGAGCUGAAAGGAUGCUCCUUCGCUGACUUCGAAGUCAAAAAAACACUAGGAACUGGCUCAUUUGGUAGGGUCAGAUUAGUGAAACACAAGAAGUCUGGUCGUGUAUAUGCGCUGAAAAUGCUGUCCAAGGCGCUAGUUUUGAGAACAAAGCAAUUGGACCAUGUUUUGUGCGAGAAAGAAGUUUUAGAAGCCCUCUCUUUUCCAUUUAUAGUGAAUGUGUAUGCUUCUUUUCAGGACGAGUUGUAUCUGUAUCUUGUGCUUGAGUAUUCCAUCGGAGGUGAAUUUUUUACACACCUGAGGAAGGCAAACAGAUUUCCAAAUGAUACUGCAAGAUUCUAUGCGGCUGGUGUGAUUUUGACUUUCGAAUAUCUUCAUAAUCGCAAUAUUGUUUACAGGGAUUUGAAGCCUGAAAACUUGCUCUUGGAUGCACAUGGACAUUUGAAAGUUUGCGACUUUGGAUUUGCGAAGACUGUGGAACCUGGAACCAAUACGUGGACACUCUGUGGGACUCCAGAGUAUUUGGCUCCAGAAAUCAUCUUGAAUAAGGGGCAUGGAAAGGCUGUAGAUUGGUGGGCGCUCGGAGUUCUAAUAUUUGAGAUGCUUGCUGGAUAUCCUCCAUUCUAUGCCGAGGACAGGAUGCAACUCUACCAAAGCAUUUUGGCUGGCAAGAUUGACUAUCCGCGGCAUAUCAAGAAAGAAGCCAAGGACCUUAUCUCUCGUUUACUGACCUCCGACCUUUCUCGCCGGCUUGGCAACUUGAAGGGAGGAGCCCUUGAUAUUCGUACACAUGCUUGGUUUAAGGGAUUCGACUGGGAGGCGUUAAUCAAUCGAACCAUGUCUGCCCCUAUUUCUAUCAAUGUUCGUAGUGCCGACGAUGCUUCGAUGUUUGAUGACUACGAUGACGACGAUGGUCCUGACAUAGGUGCUGGAAAAGUCCGACCUGAUCAGCAACAGCUUUUUGCAGGAUUCUAA